UCCUCCCCGCCCCGGGAUCCCGAGAGGUCCAGCACCCACAUGAUCUCGGCGGACGAUGCCGAAUACCCGCGGGAAUACCGGACCUUGGGCAACGGCACCCGGCGCUUCUCCAACGUGGGGCUGGUGCACACCUCGGAGAGGAGGCACACGGUGAUCGCUGCCCAGAGCCUGGAGGCUCUCACCGGCCUCCAGAAGUCGGAGAUGGAACGCAAGAGGGAUGCUUUCAUGGAUCACCUGAAGAACAAGUACCCGCAGCACGCCCUGGCGCUCCGGGGGCAGCAGGAACGCAUGCGGGACCAGCCCAACUACUGGAGCUUUAAGACCAGGAGCUCCCGACAUUCCCAGGGCUCCCAGCCUGGCUUGGCUGACCAAGCCAAACUCUCCUUUGUCGCUGAAUCCCUGGAAACCAUGUCAGAGGCGGAGCUGCCCCUGGGCUUCAGCAGGAUGAAUCGGUUCCGGCAGAGCCUCCCCUGUCCGUUCCACAGCCAGACCAAGCUGCGCUCACCAGGGGUCCUUUUCCUGCAGUUUGGGGACGAGACGAGGCGGGUCCACAUCACCCACGAGAUCAGCAGCAUGGACACCCUGCACGCCCUCAUCGUCCACAUGUUCCCCCAGAAGCUCACCAUGGGGAUGCUGAAAUCUCCCAACACUGCCAUCCUCAUCAAGGACGAGUCCCGCAACGUCUUCUACGAGCUGGAAGAUGUCCGUGACAUCCAGGACAGAAGCAUCAUUAAAAUCUACCGCAAAGAGCCCCUCUACGCCUCCUUCCCCGCCUCCCACAUCGCCAACGGGGACCUGAGGAGGGAGAUGGUUUACACCUCCAGGGAGUCCUCUCCCACCCGGCGCCUCAACAACAUCUCCCCAGCUUCCCAUUUGGGCUUCCAGCUCCCUCCCCCCCGGGCUCCAUCCUCCUCCCCAUCCCGGUCGCGCAUGUCCUACAGCGGGGGCCGUCCCCCCUCCUACGCCGGCAGCCCCGUCCAGUCACGGGGAGCGUCUCUCCAACCUCCCCCCUCCGGGGUCUCCCCCAGCCCCAGCGCCAUCCUGGAACCGGACGUCAAACCAGACGAGGACCUGGCGGGGAAGAACGUGGUGCUGGUGAAAAACGAGGGCUUGUACGCCGAUCCUUACGGCAUGGUGCACGAGGGCAGGCUCAGCAUCACCUCCACCCAGUCCCUGGCUGGCGGGGACCCUUUUGGCUACUCGGGGGGGCUCUACAAGCGGGGGUCCGUCCGCUCGCUCAGCACCUACUCGGCGGCCGCCCUGCAGUCGGAGCUGGAGGACACUUUGUACAAACCCAACGCCCCCCUCUACACCGACACCUACGGACCCGGCCUGGGCUUCAGGAUCCCGUCCUCCCCUCAGAAGAUGGUGGAGGUGCAGCCGGGCCAGGGACCCCACAGCCCCUACUCGGGACCCCCAGCCGCUCCUCGCACCGUCCGUCAGUCCUUCCGUAAGGAUUCCUGCCUCUCCGUCUUCAUGGAGAGCCCCAUCAACAAACCCCGGAACCCCGGCUCCUCUGCACCCCCAGAGUCUUCCCUGGCCCGGCUGAUCGGCCCCACUCUCAGGGUUUGGGUCCCCUGGACCACCAAGGACACAGAAACGAGGGAGCGGAUGGAGGCCAUGGAGAAGCAGAUUGCCAGCCUGACGGGGCUGGUGCAGAGCGCGCUGCUCCGCGGCUCCGAGGCUGAGACCCCCAGUGAGAAGACAGAGGCCACCAAUGGUGGGACCCCCCCAUCAGCGUGUAACACAGGGGGACAAUCCCUGCCUGGGGGUCCACCCACCAACUACCCCCGGCCCACCUCGGCCCACCAGCACCCCAGCAGGACAGCCACGGCUGUCACCCGCCUGCACAUGCAGCUUCACCUCCACGCUCAGCACAACGCCAGCGACCUCCGCAACCAACUGCAGCAGCUCAAGAAGCUGCAGGUGGGUACCCGAAACCAGGGACGGUGGAGGACGAUGCUGCGGAGGACGGAGACGGAGCUGAGCGUGCGGGUGACAGAGGCAGUGAGGAAGCACCGAGGAACCCCCCUGCAACGCCAGAGGAGUCUGGUGAGGAGGAAGGCUCCGUACCUCAACGAGGAGGAGCUGAUCACCAACAGCUCAAGUGAGAUGGGGCUGGGGCAGGCAGGUGACCUGGAGAAGUCGGUGGAGAAGAUCCAGAAGGAUUUGGCCCACAACCAUCGGCUGAUCCCAGUGCAGGAGCUGGAGGAGAAGGCAGUGGUGCUGAAGCAGCUGGGGGAGACGCUGACAGACCUCAAGGGUGAGGAGGUGACGGGUUUCCCCAGCCUGCAGAGCAAGAUGCGGGUGGUGCUGCGGGUGGAGGUGGAAGCUGUCAAAUUCCUCAAGGAGGAGCCCAACCGCCUGGACGUCCUCAAACGCUGCAAGACGGUGACUGACACCCUGGCCCAGCUCCGCAGACAAGUGGACGAGGGUGUUUGGACCCCCCCCAGCAACCUCAGCCAAUCCCCCAAGAAGGUGGCCCCGGAGGCAGAGUUCAGCAAAGGGCUGGAUCUGGAGAUGCCCCCCAGCCCCCCCGUCAGCCUCCAUCACCUGACGGCUGCCCCGAGCCCCUGGAGCAAUAACCCUUCCCGAGCUCCCGAGAUGGUACCGGCCAAGACCCAAACGGGCCCAGAGACCCCCAGCAAGAAGAGCGUGGACAAAGCUGUGUCUGUGGAGGCUGCCGAGCGGGACUGGGAGGAGAAGCGGGCGGCACUGACCCAGUACAGUGCCAAGGACAUCAACCGCCUGCUGGAGGAGACCCAGGCUGAGCUGAUGAAAGCCAUCCCUGACCUGGAGUUUUGCCAAGCACAAGCAAACCCCGGGCAGCAGCAGCAGCACAGCCUCCACCCCGAGCACAAACCCUCCAAGCCCCAGCACGCGGCCAAGGCGGGGCAAAGGGGACCCAGCGGCCGCCGAGGCUCAGAUGAGCUGACGGUGCCGUACCGGACGGAGAAACCUUCCAAAUCACCACCACCUCCCCCCCCCCGGAGCUUCCCCUCCUCCCACGGGCUGACCACCACCCGCAGUGGGGAGGUCAUUGUCACCAGCAAGAAGGAGCCCGGGUUCAUCAAGAAGGCUGAGUCGGAGGAGCUGGAGACCCAGAAGCCCCAGGUGAAGCUGAGGAGGACGGUGUCUGAGGUGGUGAGGCCUGCAUCCACCCCCCUCAUCGCCUCGGCCAUCAAGGAUGAUGAUGAUGAAGAUCGCAUCAUAGCUGAGCUGGAGGUGACGGUUGGUGGCGUUGCCAUCCCGGCCAUGAAGGUUGUGAACCCCACAUCCCGGCUGAAGCAGAGCCAGCAGGGCAGCCCCGACAAGAGCAAACACCUAAAGCAGAGGAUGGAGUACAUGAGGAUCCAGGGCCAGCAGCAGGCCACCAGACCAUCUAAAGAGGCUCCUGAGACCUCCCCCGUGGUCUCAGACAAACCCACGGCUGGCAGAACAUCCAUCCCCGUACUGACUUCCUUUGGGGCAAGGAAUUCCUCCAUCUCCUUCUGA